UGGAGGAAUAUUUAUGGCCCCCAUUGUGCAGACAUUAAAAAAUAGUCGCAUUUUUGGAAGAGAACUCGAGCGACUGCGCCCUAAAUUGUCAACUGAAAGCGAGAGUUGAAUUUGUGGCAAAGUGGAGAGCCGAGUCGAGAGCCGAAAUAAAACGAACCGAGAGGAUACGUCAAGGAAGGACAUACUGCGAUAGGGCACAGUUGUGCGCAGGACUCAAAGCGAGACACACGUCGUUGUUGGCCAAUUUGGGACGAAGGGAUUACGCUACGUCAAAAUUCACCCAAGAAGACAGCAUUGAAUUUUGUAAUCAAUUCAAAUAAUGAAAAUGUUGCAAAUAUUUGGUAAAAAAUUGACAAAUGGAUUUGAUUGCAAAGUAAUUGGUUGCCUGUUGCUCGCAUUAUUCGUGGCCAGCGCUCAAGGACUGAAGCUGCCCGCGUUUACAACCAAAACUCCGAGAGUGUCCAAAUACACGACCAAAUCGCCAUCAGCUUCGUCGCAAAAUCACGAUGCGAUCACAUCGCUGUAUCGCUUGAAUGCCACCAAUGGCAUCACCUGUAUUUUGAUGCAGGUGGAUGGCUUGAUUAGUGUGCGAUAUCGCAACAAGCUAAAUGAGGAUGUCGAGGGCGAUUUGUAUAUGCCAGAUCAUCCGGUGCUCAGUGGCGAGUGUGUCGAGUCCAAUUUGGAGAUAAUGACCAUGGAGUUCAAGGGUUUCAAGCUGUCCAUGACAUUUAAAAAGUCAUCGGGCGGCGAGGGCUGGUACAUCAAUCUCUUCGAGUUGAGCUACUCAUCAUCGAAUCCGCUCUUCGAGCAUCCCGAUCGUCCCAAUCUGAAUGUCAAGCUUACUUCGCCCGCCCACACGCCCAUGUAUUUCCCCACACCGGUGGGCAAGUCCUAUGUCUGCGAUAAGGAACAAACUGUCAUCCUCUAUGCUCCACACGAUUCGGGCGACCAGUCGGGCCACAUUGCACGCAUCUAUUUGCGCGACUUGCACAUGCAGAGCUUCAUGUUCAAGGACAGCGGCAAGUGGGGACCAUCGUUCCAUUGUAGUGCCACUGGAUCCUAUCGCGAUGAGACGGCUCCCCUCGCUGUUGGCACUGCGUUGGCCAUUGCAGUGCUCCUGACCAUUUCCGGCUAUGGCGGCUGGCGAUAUUUCAAAGUCAAGAAGGUGCAAUACGGUUCAAUGGAGUAAAAGAUUGGAAAUUGGAAAA